CCCCCCCCUCCCAUCGCCCGCCAAUUGAACAGUAACGGUCGCAACCUACCCUACGGCCCGACUCCCGACUCGUCGAGAUUUCUGCCACAUGCGCGAUGAGGACACUGCCAGAUACCGAAGCAGCAGCAGGUCUGUUUCUCGGCGCUCGUUCAAUCGCCGACCCACAGCUUCGAAAUUCUUCGAAAUUCUCAUGCAUGCUCAGGCGUAUAGGCCGCACACAGGUGUGUGUUGCCAGCGCCACGACGCCAUCGAUUUCCGGGCCGCGACUGGACAUAACAAGUCAUGUGCCAAAUAGGGAUAUUCGGAUAUUCGACAAUUUCGAGAACACUCCUCCAUUUCCUCUGUGCGGCAUAUGGAAUAUUGUCACCAACGCCCGGACGUCUUGUCACGUGUGAGAUCUGACAUGGUGUUCAUUAUUGUUACGCUUCCCGUCGGGAGGAUCUUCGAGACAUGCGAGGCGACGGACGCUCAUGAAAACCUCGCUCCAGCGCUCGAAGCUCGGCCGCUCCGGACCCUCCAAGUCUAGCAACCGAAAAUUUCCACACGCUUGGUAGCAUCGAUUUGCGCCGAGGACGGAAGUUCGCCCGCGGCCUACACGGUUGAUCUUUUAAUCCUGGCAGCUGUAGCGCCCACCCCGAGAAGGAAGCAUCGAAUUGCAGUAAACACUGACCCGGUAUAUUGAAGACCGUGGUCUGAUCUGAUAUCUCAGAGUUUAUAUCUCAUGUGCGAUGCAUCUCCUCGUUCAGCAAGUUAUCUCAGACUUUGCACUGUGACGAAGGUUCCUGCUGGAGUGCGCGGGUCCAGAUUCGCCGUCUGCCUUGCCUACUUUCGCUUCGGAGAUGCAGAUGCUGUAAUCCAAUCAUCCGUUCGAGCUUACACUUCUUGACUCGUGUCCCUUGCCUCGCGAGGACGAAUUUUCCCACACGUCGCAAAUAAAUGAAUGAUUGGAAUGGCUCAGCGACGCGAGAUUAUCCUUGGCUGCAAUUGUGAUGCACAAUAUACUGUUGCGAUUUUCUUCUCCUCUCGAGCGUUCGUUCUGCUGGUUUUGCAUGACAGAUCCACGCCCCUCGAUUUAUUCCUGGAAUCUUCAUUCAAUAGGUAGGCACUGCUCUCACGUAAGCAGCUUCAACUAGAAUACUAUUAACUCCUGCAUGAAUGUGCAACGACGAAACCUCAUCGUCAGGCCAUCGUCCUUGAAUUGCAUGCCUCCUCUUCUUUAGACGUACUCCUCCUCCACUCGUCAGUAGGAGGAGGACUGAGACCUUCAGCAUUGCACAAGAAGUCUUGAACUACUCCGGAUCCAAGAUCACGCUCCGCUACAAAGCGGCAUACUGCUGUAGCUAUUCCGCUCUGAGAUACAUGGCAUGGAUUUCUCAGUGCGACUUGUCGCUAAACCGUCAGACGACCAAGUUAAUUCCAGCCGGUAACUUCGGAAGCAAAAUUCUUGCUUCUUUCCGAUUGGCGCGAAUCCGUUAUUGGAGUCGAUGAUAUUCACUCACCCGCGCAUGCUUCUCGAGCAGCUGAAUUAGGUCUCUGCGUUGGGUCGAGGAGUAGUCUUCAGAGUUGCCACAGCAUCUAUGGGCCCUUCCCAGUGAUUAUCCGCCAGUCACUCGUGCACUCUUCUUCCUCCGGCAUGUGACUGACUCAAAUCCUG